GCUGAGCUUCCCUCUCGCCGCCUGUCCCGCUGCCGUUUUCUGUGGGAGAGGUGUGGAGGAGAAGAGCGCGGAGCUGGCCGCAGCGAGGGUGGUGCGCGGCGGGCGGGGCUGCCGUAGCCGCGGCGCCGCUGUAGCUCCAGGGCGCUUUGGUUAAACUGGCGCUAGCGAGUGCGCAAAGGUUGCGUGCUGCCAGCUCUCUGAAAACUUGGUGUGCUCGAUAGAAUAUCUACAGCAGCUACCAAACAAAUUAAAAGCUUUUAAAGCACCUUGUAGCUGCUGCUUCUCGUGGAAACACUUCUGGUUUGCGUUAGAUAAAACUCUUAAGCGUUAACGAGUAGAGAAAGCCAAUGGCAGUUUUACUUGGACUUGGUCACUGGUACAGAAGAACUGGCUGCAAGAUGGAGCUGCCUGGCCUUUCUUUUGCUGUUUGGCUAUCUAUUUGCUUCUGUGCAUCUGUGGUUGGCUACCCGAAUGGAAAAGUAAGACAAGUCUGUGCUAGCAUGAUCCCCUGUCACGGUGCUUCUCCACAGCUGCCACCUGAGCACACCAUUACAGUCAAUGUGACUGAAUUUAAACCAGGGGACAACAUAGAAGUUAAUCUGUCUGGACCAGAUUUUGAAGGGUUUUUCAUACAAGCCCGGGAUGCAGAGCACCUGGACAGCCCUGCAGUUGGCUCUUUCAUGUUAGCUGACCGGAGACUUUCUCAGCUUCUGACGUGUGGCCAUACCAAGAAUUCAGCUGUCAGCCACACAAGUAAAACAAAAAAGAAGCAUAUAAGAGUGUACUGGAUUGCUCCUGGAGAUGCACCGAAUCGUGUCCAGUUCCUAGCCACAGUUGUGAAGAAAUACAAGACUUUUUGGGUCAAGAUUCCUGGUCCCAUUGUAUCUCAGCCUAAUGCACUGUCCCCAACAACAGAGGCUGUACCAACCUCACACCCGGUUUCCCUCUUAUCCAAGCCAUUUAAUGCAUCAGGCUGUGGAAGUAUGAAGUUCUGCAUUAGAAACCCUUCAAAGUGUGAUACUGCAAGUGCUUCCUGUUUUUUUCUAUCCUUCCAACGAGAGGGAAGCUCAGUAUUGAUUGAAAUGAGUGGUCCAAGUGAAGGAUACAUUGCAUUUGCAUUGUCUCAUGACCAGUGGAUGGGUGGUGAUGAUGCAUAUCUGUGUGUUAAUGAGGAGCACCACGUUCACAUCAGCACUGCCUAUCUAAAGGGUCGAAGUUCUCCUGUUUGGGAUUUGGAGAAUGUCCUUGAAGAUGUGUCAUGGAGGCUUGCAGAUGGUCUUCUUCAAUGUUCAUUCCGAAGGAGUAUCCUUCUUCCUGCUUAUAAAGGGAGAUUUAAUCUGGAUAAGAAUUAUUACAUCUUCCUGGCAGAUGGGGAAGCCAGUGAAGGUGGGCUAAUAUACAAACAUCAUCGUCAGCCCCUGAUCACAAACGGAGCAUACAACGUCACAGGCCUCCCUCAGGAUAUUGGAGGUUCCAGGUCUCCACGACUCAUCAAGGCUCAUGGAGCUCUGAUGUUUGUUGCUUGGAUUACCACAGUUAGUAUUGGUGUGAUUGUGGCACGAUUCUUCAAACCUGUCUGGUCUCAUUCAUUCCUGUUUGGAAAGGAGAUGUGGUUUCAGGUGCAUCGUAUGCUUAUGUUGACCACAGUCAUGCUCACAAGCAUUGCUUUUGUGUUGCCAUUUAUAUACCGACAAGGUUGGAGCCAGCAAGCAGGUUACCAUCCCUAUCUUGGCUGUGCUGUGAUGGCUUUGACGAUCGUCCAACCAAUAAUGGCAGGUUUCAGACCAUCUCGUCAUGCACCAAGGAGGCAGUUGUUCAACUGGUUUCACUGGAGUGCUGGUACCACAGCUAGAAUACUAGCUGUGGUGACUAUGUUCUUGGGAAUGGAUCUGCCAGCACUUGACCUGCCAGACCCAUGGGACACCUAUGUGAUGAUUGGGUUUGUAGUUUGGCAUGUUGGUAUUGAUGUUCUUCUGGAAGUACACAGCUACUGGCUCGUACGUAAAGUUGAACUGGUAGAGGAUGACAGAGUACAGAUACUGCAGUCCCUCACAUCUGCAGAAGCAGAGGGUCGUCAGUUCAAACAGGUCGUGUUGGCCAUCUAUGUCUGUGGAAAUAUAGGCUUCCUCACUGCCUUCCUGGCAGCAAUCAGCCAAAUAUGAAAGAAGUCAUUUAGAAUGUCAUGAUUGCAAUAUUGGUUGCAGCCAAAAAACCUGCUAGGAGCACU